GUGUUUAUUGUCUUGAUGCUGCUCCUUUUUCUCUAUAUUAAUAAGAAGUUCUGUUUUGAAAAUGUUGGAGGGUUUCCAGAUCUUGGUUCAGGAUACAACACACAGAAGAAUUCACAAGAUAAAAUGUGUAUAGACUAAAUACCCAAUAGAUUUGAGGGAAAAAUAAUGUCUUGCUGCUGUUUUGAUAGCUAUGGAGUGGGAAAAGAUGUCAUUACACUUAAGCCAAGUGAUUUGAUUUUUAUUUUUUCCGGAGGAGUCUUUACUGCAACGUUAUUUCUUCCAAUGCAUAUUGCAUUUACAGAAAGAUUAAAAGACACAGUGUGAAAUACUAUCAUGCUAAUGAUAGCAACAUUUACAUAAAUGUUAAAUUCACAUUCCAAAGUAGUUGAUAUUUUAAGAAGAGAAAAUUCCAUUAUUGCACCUUUUAGGAACAAGGAACUGGAAAAUGGCAUUUUUCAAAAGUUUUCAGCAGAAUCUACCUUCAGUGUCCUCCCUGGUAGACACAAUCAGUAGUGCUGUAGAAGAUUUGAGCACUGCAGUUGGGGAAGUCAGCUAUGCAUUUACUGACUCAGUUGCUGGGCAGGUAGCAAGUAUGAUGCAUGGCUUGUGCCCAGAGGAGGAAAGCUGCACAGCAGAAGAGGCUGCAGGGUCUUCUAGAGCCAAAAGUGCAGUUUUGUGGGAUACUUCCAAAAACAGUGCUUGUCAGAAAACACAGUCUGAUGUAGAGCACAAAGCAAAGCAAAUAAUCUGUUGUGACACUUCAGCUCCACCAAAGCAAGACCAAGAAAUGCAUGAACAGGGAUAUUAUAUGCGUGAUGGGCAGUGGACACCCUCAGAAUACACAGAAACUGGAGAGGCUGGUAGCUCUGCUUUGCAAGGCUUCGUGAAUGAUGGGAUGUCAGCUGUCAAGCAGAAAGUGGGGGAUGCACCCACGGGUCAUGAACUGGAACAUCCUGACAAAGGUGAGAUAGCUGGAGUAGGAAGCUCCAGGAAUGAUCAGAGUUCUGUAAAGGAGGUAAGUUAUCUAGAAGUGAAAGGACGUCUGAACACCAGUGGACAAAAUGUUGUGUCUGAGCAGAAGUACAUGGCUACAGGUGACUCUAAAGGCAGACUGCAGUCUGUGCCUGUGGGAAGAGAGCAAGAGAAAUUGGGGAACGUCACUAAAAGUAAACAUCUUCCUAAUGUCGAGCAUUCUGAUCACUUACAAAAAGCGAAAAAACAUAGUAAACGUGAUGGAGUCAAAGGGAAUGAAUGUUCAGGAAACGAAUGUUCUCCAGAAGAUAACACAAGAAACCAUAGACACAGGGAGCAGAAAUCCGUUGUGAGGGAAUACACACGUUCAGCUCCAUCAACAAAUUGUAAAAUUAAGUUUCCUGGGAAAAUCAAAGAAAAAAUAAAUCCAACAAAAUCCUACAAAGUGAAAGGAGACAUAAAAACAAAGAAAAAUGAAGCUAAUUCUGCUAAGAGAGGAACAGCCAAGAGUAAAGUUGGCAAAUAUUCUAAGAUAUUACCAGAAAAAGAUAAUUCCUACAUGGACAGAGAUGAGCCUGGUUCAUCCUCUGAAAGUGAAGAUGAAGCGCUGGGUAAAUAUCAUGAGGCCUUAUCCAGAACACACACUUCCAGGUGGCCAUUGGUGGAUUCUAGACAAAAGAACUAUGCCUGGGAAACAAGGCAAAAAUACAGCCCUUUGUCUGCAGAGUAUGAUGGGUACAGCAGUGAAGCAUCCAUAGAAGACGGAAACUGCAUUCAGAGAAUGAGAAGGACACCUCCAUUGGAUGAGCUACAGCCACCACCUUACCAAGACGACAGUGGUUCUCCUCACCUCUCUUGCACACCCUCUGAAAUUGGGGAUGGGAAGUGUGAAAUUUCCCACUGCAGCAACAGCCCACGGUGUUCUUUCAACAAGUGCCCCAGUGAAGGAAGCACAGGACACGAGGCAGAGAGUUUUCACAAUAAAGGAUAUGAAGAUGAUGUCCCUAGUGACAGCACGGCAGUCCUCAGCCCCGAAGACAUGUCAGCUCAAGGAUCCUCCUCACAGCUUCCUAAACCUUUUGAUCCAGAGCCAGAAGCUAAAUAUGGCACACUGGAUGUGACUUUUGACUAUGACUCACAAAGACAGAAGCUUCUGGUAACGGUGACAGCUGUCACAGACAUUCCAACAUAUAACAGGACAGGUGGCAACUCGUGGCAGGUACAUCUUGUUCUUCUACCUAUAAAGAAACAGAGAGCCAAAACCAGCAUCCAGAGAGGACCAUGCCCUGUCUUCACAGAAACAUUCAAAUUUAACCACGUUGAAUCGGAGAUGAUCGGAAACUAUGCAGUUAGGUUUAGACUGUAUGGUGUCCAUCGUAUGAAGAAAGAAAAGAUUGUGGGGGAAAAGAUUUUUUAUUUAACAAAAUUGAAUCUUCAAGGGAAAAUGUCAUUACCGGUGAUAUUGGAACCUUCUUACAAUCCUUCUGGCUGUGACUCACAGGUGAGCUUGUCAGAGGUCUCCUGUGGUGAAAGCACAUCCUCCUGUCAAUCUCUGGAGCACGGCUCCGUUCCAGAGAUCCUCAUUGGGCUCCUUUACAACGCCACCACUGGAAGACUGUCCGCAGAAGUCAUCAAAGGCAGCCACUUCAAAAACCUGGCAGCAAACAGACCACCCAAUGGACUGUUCUGUUGUCUAAAACACUUGAUAGGUGGACAGGUUUAUAUAAUCCGAGAUACAUAUGUUAAGUUAACACUGCUGAAUUCCAUGGGCCAAGAGAUGUCCAAAUGCAAGACAUCCACCCGCAGAGGGCAGCCAAACCCGGUGUACAAGGAAACUUUUGUUUUUCAAGUGGCCUUGUUUCAACUUUCCGAUGUGACUCUGAUACUGUCUGUGUAUAACAAGCGCAGCAUGAAAAGAAAGGAGAUGAUAGGCUGGAUUUCCUUAGGUCUGAACAGCUCUGGGGAGGAGGAGCUCAGACACUGGACUGCAAUGAAGGAGUCCAAGGGACAACAAGUGUGCAGGUGGCAUGCCCUGCUGGAGUCCUGAGGAAGGCAGCUGUAAGCCGGCACUGCCAUUGUUUCCUGGUCGCCAUCAGAGGAGCCAUCCCUGGAGAGUCCUGUCAGCACCCUGCCACAGUGCUUCACCCUUGCAAAAGGAAGGACUGUCCAGUGCUGAGCUGAGGGGGGGAGAUGUCAGUAGUGCUCAGCAGUCCUCCAGAGACUGAACAACAGCUUUUGAUUCAAAGUUUAUUUAGUGAAAGAGCUAGGAAUCUCAUGGAGAUUGUGAUUUUAAAACCAGAAUUUCCAUUGCAGCAGUAUGUAUCAUCACCCACAUGCUAUCCACAAAGCAUUAUGAUGGCCAGUCCUUGGGCAGAUCUCAGUGAUCACAGUCAUAUCUCAAGGUUAUUCACACUGAUGACAGUUUCAUUGCAGAUAUGUUCUCUGUGCCUCAGCCUUUCUUUAUAGUUCUAAACCCAAGUGCAAAAUUCCCUGAAGGGAAGUGUAAGGCUGGUUUCUUUGAAGUUUAUUUCUUUAUAUCCUUCUUUUUUCUGAUCCAAAGAGACCAUGUCCCAUUAGUCCCUUAUAAAAUUUUCUGACUGUACUGCAGAAACUUUAUGUUCAAGCCCUUUGUACACUAUGUGUUCUAGUGUAGAAAAUGGUAGAGCAAAGCUCUCAUUUGGAAUUCUUUCAGUGGUCAGUUUUUACAGCUGUGUGAAGUGGCAGACACUGUAGAUAGCUGUUGAAAAUGGAAGACAUUCUAGUUAAAAGGAAUUUUGACUAUUUGUUCAUUGUCCAGUCUUCAACGGGAGUAAAGCAGGUAGCACCAAAACAGAAGCUCCUGGAGUCCUCACUCACUCACUACCAUUUCUUCGUGGUUUUCAGCUUUAAUCCAGUUAAGAUCAUUCUGGAAUCCCUUGUGCUCUAGUGAUUUGUGCUGUGUUUUGUGACGUCUUCAGCAUGAUGUCACUCUGUGCCUUUUCAUGCAAGUUGACCUUGCUUACACAGCUGGGAAGCCGUAUUUGCAAAUUUGGACUUCAGCACUCAUAGAUGUGAAGGUCCUUGGCAAUGCCAUGUCGUUGCCCUGCUCUGCAGUGUGUGAGGCUGUGCACUGUGCUGGCCUACUUGUGACUGAGCACUUUCCUGUCUUGUUUUCAUAUUUAGAAACCAUAGGCCAAUUGGAUAUAAUAUAAGCUAUUUUCUUCUAAUUUUUCUUCUUACAUAACAUAAAAUUUUAUGCAUAUACUGUGCUAGAGUAUUUCUUUUUGCUCUUUCUCAUUUCUAGUUAAACUAGACAAAAAUGUAUUAUUUACCAAUUAGUGAAAAGCUGUAUCACGGUUCCAAUCCCAGCUGAGCACUCUGGACUGUUACUGUGAACUAGAACUCAUCAGUACCAUACUAGCAGAGCCACACACUGAUUUAUUAAAAUGUGGCAGUAUGAAAGGCCUUAAACAAACACACACACACAAGACCAUGAACUUCUACAUUUUUAGCUUAAAAGAAGGCAUCUCUAUGCUUUCAAACACAGCAUUUUAAGAGGAAAAAAAAUACAAAUAGGAAGUGUGGAGUUAGUUUAAAAGCAGAAAUUUCAGAGCCCAGCAUGGUGGCUCAUCUCUGUAAUCCUAGCACUUGGGAGGCUGAGGCAGAAGGAUUGCUGUGAGUUUGAGGCUAGCCUGGGCUAUGUAGUUCCAGACCAUCCUGGACUACAUAGUGAAAAAAAAAAAGUUGCAUUCAAAACUGUCAGGGCCAGGGAGUGGGCUCAGCCACUUAAAGGCUAGGUUCACAACCAAAAAUUAAAAAAAAAAAAAAAAAAAAAAAA